AUGUUUGCUGCUCAGCAGGAGCAAAAGCAACAUCAACCUUUGCUAAAACGUUCAAGUCAUCCAUACUUGACUAAUGCCACUGCACCAUUCGCCGUCAAUGGUUCUGGUCUACCGGAGGUCAACUUCGACAUUGGGGAGAGCUAUGCAGGAUCCCUACGCAUUGGUAACAGCUCAACCGACAGCUUAUUCUUCUGGUUCGUGCCAACCACAAACCCGUCCGCUACUGAUGAGAUUGUCAUCUGGCUCAACGGGGGUCCUGGAUGUUCUUCUCUUGGUGGACUUUUCCACGAAAACGGUCCUGUGCUUUGGCCUGCUGGUACUUAUGCUCCUGUGAGAAAUACUUACUCAUGGUCAAAUUUGAGCAACAUAAUCUGGAUCGACCAACCCAUCUCUACCGGCUUCAGUACUGGAAACGCAACCGCGACCAACGAAGACGAUGUGGCUGAUCAAUUUCUUGGCUUCUGGCGUAACUUUAUGGAUACAUUUGAGUUGAAGGGACGCAAGAUAUACAUUACUGGCGAGUCUUAUGCUGGCAUGUAUGCGCCAUACAUUGCAUCAGCGAUGAUUCAGCAAAACAAUACUGAGUACUACAACGUCAAUGGUCUUAUGGUAUACGACCCCUCUAUCGGCUACGACGGAGUAAUCUCACAAGCACCUGCCUUCAGCUUUGUAAAUCAAAAUCGCAACUUCUUCCCCUUCAACGACACGGUCAAUGCUCAGAUCAACAACAUCUCAGCCUCUUGCGGCCUCGACGCCUUCAUGCAAACAGCCCUCACUUUCCCACCAAAGGGACCUUUACCCCCUCCACCAUCAACCUACGAUGAGCUUUACGACUAUGAGAACUGCGACAUCUAUGACAUACUGUUUACCGCAAUCUUCGAACUGAACCCCUGCUUCGACAUCUACCAAAUAGGCCAACAAUGCCCUCUCCUCUGGGACACUCUAGGCCUCCCCUACUCCUACUCCUCCAGCUACCUUCCCCCCGGCUUCUCUGAACCUUACUUCAACCGUUCAGACGUCAAGGUAGCCAUCCACGCCCCUCAAAACAUAACCUGGCAAUUCUGUCUCCCUGGCGAAGAAAACCCUUUCGUGGGAGGAGAAAGCGAUACCUCACCUCCUUCUGGCCUACCCGACGGCCCCUUGAAAACUGUCAUCGAGAAAACUAAUAACGUCAUCAUCGGACAUGGAACUUUGGACUUUGUGCUUUUCGCAAAUGGAACACUUGCGACGCUGCAGAAUUUGACUUGGAAUGGUGUGCAAGGGUUUAGUGAGUACCCGGGUAAACCAUUCUAUGUGCCUUAUCAUGAACAUACGAUGGAGAGUAUGGCGGGCGCUGGAGUGAUGGGGAGAUGGGUGGAGGAGCGUGGACUUACGUUUGUGCUUACGGAACUUGCGGGACAUUUCUUGCCGCAGGGGGCGCCGAGUGCUGCGUAUAGACAUCUUGAAAAGUUGCUGGGAAGGAUUGAGAGCUUGGAUGAGGUAUCGCCUUAUACCACGCAGAGAGGGGUGGAACAACCGGAGGAGAUGUUGGGAAACGGGACUGCAUGGGAGAAGCGUGAGGCCAAUCUGGUUGAGAGACGAGAUCAGGUACACAUUAAAGCAUACGGGAGAGACUCGGCAUGA